AUGAGUGAAUAUUUGAACAAAUUGACGAAAUUCACUACAAGUGAUAUUGCGGAUGGUUUACUAAAUCUGCACAAAGAUGGUACAGGUGGGUUCCUUCCGAAUCUAACACGUCGAUCAGGGAAAGGGACUACAUGCGGGAUUGCUUACACUGUUUUAUUCGUUCCUAUUGAUGAUCCAAGACCAACUAUAAAUUACAUUGAUGUUAUCCCGGCCGAUUCAAUGCUCGUUUUAGCGUUACCGGUUUCGAUGCAGAAGGCUUAUGCACCAUUUGUAACUACUACUCAAGCCAUGUAUGGUGGUUUGAUGUCUACGAGAGCUCAAUAUCAAGGUUGCAAAGGAACUGUUGUGUUUGGUAGGAUUAGGGAUGUCGAAGAACAUAAGAAUUUAAAUUACUCAGUCUACAGUUAUGGGGUUGGUGCAUGUGCUCCCAAAGCCGCUGUUAAACCUGUUCUCACGAAUACCCCUUUGCAGAUUCUGACAUCUGAUGGUGAGGUUAGAGUUAUUAAUCCGGGGGACAUUGUUGUUGCAGAUGACCAAGGGAUCACUUGUAUUCAAUACAAAACAAUGAAUAUGAAUAAGUUUAUCCGCUACAUUGAAAAAUCUGUAGAAGUUGACGAAAAGGUUUGUGAAGAUAUAAAGAGUGGUAUUCCAGCAAAGGAAGCUCAGAAGAAAAGAAGAGAAGUUCUUAAAGAGUAUUUGUAA